CCACCUCGACUAUCCACAAACUGCAUAAACUGAAUAAACGAAAAAAAUUUCGCUUCCAAUGGAAAAGUUUAUUAAAAAAAGACUGUGAAAGGAAAGCAAACGGGACUCCAUGCGAGUGGCGGCGCGUCAGAGCCGUCGCUGAAGCCUGUGCUUAAACUGCUUUUUGAUUUCUAUGUUGUCAGCCCGUUGCUGCCGUAGUCGGUAAAAAAAAUAUAUUAAGUCUGAUUUUAGAGUCUGUGAGGCAAUGGAGACUGAUUACCAAAAUUACGUGGAGUCAUUGUCGGGAGUAUCCUCAGAUGACGAUGACAUAUCCACGGUGGAUAGUUCUGAUGAGGCCGAAGAGCCGACCAACUCGCACAACCAUCCAUUGCAGCCGCAAUCGCGAACGCGAAACUUGGUGCAAAUGUUGUACGACAGAGAGCGCACAGGAUUUUUCUCAGGUCGGUCUCGAGCGGGCCAAAAACAGAAACUUCCAUAUGACCAGGUGCCAAAUAGGUUAAAACUAUAUCUCAAGGACGUAUUGGCCAGCAAUGCGUUGGAGGGGCACAUAUUCAUGGGCCUGACUGCUUGUGGGCAGUACAUGAUCAGCCAUCGAGUUGAGUGCAACGAUAGCACUUCGCUCAACCAUUACUCCUUCAAUGUAGGCUACAAAUACACUCUUUAUUUUUGGCUCUUCCAACCGCACAAAAAACUGCGAUAUUUUUUCUCGCGCCGCUUAUUCGACGAUCAUGUGGUGGAUAAUGUGAAAUCGGUCACAAUGACGCAGUGGAAGAAUGCGGACAAGCAAAUUCUGGUUGUGCACGGUGCGGCAAUGGAAGAGAGUGAAGAAAGCUAUAUAACAUAUGUUAAAGUUCCUAAACUCGGUUGUUUGGAGUGCAAAAAGCUUUGCGAUGACGGUCCAUAUUCCUUUUACAACGCACACUGUCUCAAUUGUCAUUUGACUGUGCAUACAAAGUAUUCCUCGACUGAAACAGAUCCCCGUUUCGAUCCGACAAUAAAUUUGCUUUGCCCCGAACGCAUUCUUAUCGUCUCGAAUGGAUUCAUGCACAUGCUGCGCAUCGAUGUGGACACGCCGGUCGUACCCAACAGCAGUAGCUUGCCCCAGCAAAACUUUAACCUGCCCAGCACCCAGCAUACCUUGUUUCUGCCGCGAACUCCACUGCCCAAUGAAGAGGAUCGCUGCUCCGUGCCAUUUACUGGUUCCGAGGCGGACAGCGAGCACAGUGUUGUGGCACGCAUCAUUGCGGACUUCAGUGAUAUUGAAACUGAUCAUACUCAGCGCACCAAUAACAACAACAACAACAAUAGCAAUAACAUCAACAACAACAACGAAACUCCACAACGUGGUGGCCCAGAGCACAUUAGUAACUGUUAUGAAAAGUUAAUUUUCUCCUCGAACUGUGGCAACGCGUUGUCCACAUCUAGUAUGACCUUAAUGGAGACCAGCCUGCCAGUGGGGAUGCCAAACUCAGUGGGCACCAAUGAUUCGAGCCAAUCGAGAAGGCGCAAUCAGCGCAUUGUCACUAAAUCUUACCGCAACGGUAUAACAACUAUUGAUAUGCAAAACACAUCGACUUCAAGCUCAAUGACGGAUAAGUCAAACGCAUAUGAAUUCUCCGAGGACAAUGAAAAGUGUGAGAAAAUCUCCACAUUUCGCAAACGCCGCCUGGCUGACAAGAAGUACGAGUUCUCCGAGGAUAACUCUGAAAAUAUCAUACCUUUCACUAAGAUACGAUCGGCAGGACGAACAACGUUUAGUCCAUCGACUGCCAGCUCAACCGCUCAGCGUAGUUUGCAUCGAUUCUCGCCAACGGCACAUUAUUUUCACAACUCUCCCUGUGCUUCGCCCUCCUCCUCUCCACACCCAGCACAGCCUUCCCAUACCCCGCCACCGCCGUUGCACUUGGGAUUUCGUUCGCCGCCUUCUAGCUCGAAUUUAAUGCGUUCGCCCAGCCGUAAUGCAAAUGCAGCCACAGUAGCAGCUCAAAUAUACAAUCAAAAGUCACCGCCUUUGUCUCAGGCGACCCAACAGAUGCUCAGCUAUAAGCCCGUUGGACCUUUGGGUGCCUUAUCGCCAUUGCAGGUAUCUAUGGCCAAGCGCUUCGAAAUUGGAGGAUCGAUGUCCCCGAACGCUGGCUUGUCCUUCUUAUCGCCGCGACGUGAUGAGCAACGCAUUGUUGAAAUGCCAGUUCAAGGAGGAGUUAUGCCGGAAAAGCCGGUCUGCACCAAGAAGUUGCGGCGCCGCUAUGUAGAUGAAGACGAUGCCACCUCGGUGAUUACUAGUGAGGAGGAUGACUGCAUCUCACCGGGCUAUCACACCUCGCUUCCCAUGGAGGUGCAUGGAUCCUGCUACUCGGAAAUGCAAAUGAUUUCGCAAUCGUCGUAUCAACGCCUACGAUGCAGCAGUGUGGUUAUAACGCAGCACUCAUUUGAUCUUGAGACUUUCACAUAUUAUGUUAUAAGCAUGAUCUGUCAGAAGCAUCAGAAGAUCUACAAUGUAUUCUACGACUGGGCAUACGAGUUCGUCAAUGUGUGCCCGCUCAGCCAGACUAUUAGCUUCAUGCUAAUGGCACAAUUCUCGGCGCGAGAUCAAAUGCCAACAGCUCCAACCAACUGCAUGUACUGCACAGGUCGCAUGGGAUGUGUUUUCCACAAUCGUCAGUACGAGUGCCGUAUUCUUUUUACGUGGAAUAUGGAGAGUGGGCAAUGGCAGGUGUUAGACUAUGGCGAGCUCAAAGAGAUGAACGAACUGUUCAGCCCACUUCGGCGACUGGGAAAAUCUCGUUUAACCUUUGCUCAGGUGGCCAGGCAGAUGGCAAAGGAAAUGGCAGCCAGCUUGAGCCGACUGCCUGAUUAUACCUCGAAUUUGCGAAUUCUCAGUGCAGACAUAAAAAAGUCUAAGACAUCUAUUUGCGAUUUGGACAACAUGGUAGAGUUUCAUCUGAAGCGCACAAAUUCCGAAGUGCUCUGAUCAGAUGAUUUCGACGAACAUAGAUAGGAAUAGAGGAGUUCAGUUUUCAGUUUUGCCGCAAUCCUCGCCACGUGCAAGUGCAUCUAGUUCAGUUUUAAAAACUCUUUAAUUGUGCUGUAUUUAAUUUUAAUAUAGUUUUACUUUUAUUAGUGCAACGAAACGCUUUUACAAAAUGUUAUAACGCGUCCUAGUUUUGACUGAAGUCGUUUAAUUAAACUACAAAUCGUAGUUAGUUAUAUGGCACACAUACGACAACGCCUAUGUAUAUAUUAAUAUACUUUUGAUAUUUCAUAUAAUACUACAUUCUAAAUACAAAUUAGGUAGGAACACAUGAAGAUCGGUUCUAUUUAGUGCGCAUCUAAAGGCUUGCGUCAAUAUACAAAUUGAAUAAUCUUGUAAUACAGACUUGAGUGAGUAAUAUUUAGUGGAGGCCUUAUGGCCAAUACGUCGCUAAGUUCAUGACAACCAAUAUUAAAUAAUAAACUAUA